AUGGAUUUAGAAGAAAAAAAUGAUUCAAUGAAUAAAACUUUUUUUAAUGACUUAAUUAGUAACUUUGAAUAUGUACCAGAGAAUGAUAUUGAAGACAUUGAAAGCAUGGGAUUAGCAAGCGAAAGUCUUAUAUCAAAUAAAAUUGAAACAGGAAGUACUACCGAUAAUAUAUUAAACUUUGAUCUAGAGAUUAAUAACUUUUGUUUUGACGAAGAAAGUUUUGAAAGAGCACGAAUCUUGGCAGAAGCAGAAGAAACUGAUAAUUUAAUUCUUUUAAAUAAUAUGGAUAACGAUGAUAUUGAUAUAUAUGGCAAUGAUAUAUUAACUUUGUCAGCAGUGUCAUCAACGUCUGAGACGUUUAUUAAUACAAAAACAUCCACAAAAUCUAUAGACCCUCCUAGCCCUUUUUUUGCUAAACUUGCUUUAAGAUUAGGGCAUGUUAACUUGGUAAAGAUCAUUGAACCAAAAUGUACCAUUACUGAUAAAACAGCUACAGAUUUAGGAAGAGCUCUAGGUGCUACAACAUGGAGUGCACGAAGUGAUGUACAAAAAAAUAAAUCAAAACUUGAGAGCCCAUGA